GAUAUGGCCUCUGGCAGCAGUCUCCUGUCUCAUGAUCACCUCCUGUGUUCUGUCUGUCUGGAUGUGCUCGCUGAUCCAGUCUCCAUACCAUGCGGGCACAACUUCUGUAAAUCCUGUAUCACACAGUACUGGGACUGUAAUGUAGAGUGUCGGUGUCCCCUGUGUAACAAGCUUUUCACAAACAGACCUGAAGUGCCAGUCAACACUCUGCUUCGUGACAUGACUGUUCAGUUCAGACAGUCUAUUAGAGUGAAAGCCAGCAGAUGCCCUGACCAACUAUGUGCCAAACCGGGAGAAGUUCCCUGUGACGUCUGCACUGGGACCAAGAUCAAGGCCCUCAAGUCCUGUCUGGUGUGUCUGGCCUCGUACUGUGAGACUCACCUGGACCUGCAUCAGAAAGUCACAGGUCUAAAAAGACAUCGGCUGAUCGACCCUGUGAAGAAUUUGGAAGACAGGAUAUGCAAGAAGCACGAAAAACCCCUGGAUCUGUUCUGUAGGAAUGAACAGGUGUGUGUGUGUCAGUUCUGUACUGAGUCAGACCACAGAUUACAUCCUGUGGUUCCUCUGAAGGAGGAAUGUGAAGGAAAGCAGCAGCAGCUGGGUAAGAAUAAGGCUGAAGCUCAGCAGAUGAUUCAACAGAGACACCUGAAGAUUCAGGUGAUCAAACGGUCAGUAGAAAUCAGCAAAGAAGAUGCAGACAGAGAAAUAGCCCACAGUAUUCAGGUCUUCACUGCUCUAGCGAGCUCCAUUGAGAGAAACCAGGGUGACCUCAUUGACAUGAUUCAAGAGAAACAGAAAACAACAGAGAUACAGGCUGAAGGCUUCAUUGAAGAGUUGGAAGAGGAAAUCAGGGAGCUGAAGAAGAGGAGCACAGAGUUGGAGAAGCUCUCACAAAUCAAAGACCACCUCCACCUCCUCCAGAGCUUCUCAUCCCUCAGCACGCCUCCACACACCAAGAACUGGACAGAGGUCAGUGUCCAUCAGCCAUCUUAUGUGGGGACUGUGAGGACAGCUGUAGAGAAGCUGGAGGAGACAGUCAGUAAAGAGAUAGAGAAGCUGUGUGAGACUGAGCUGAAGAGGGUUCAGCAGUAUGAAGUAGAUGUGACUCUAUAUCCUGAUACAGCAAAUAUCUAUCUCAACCUGUCUGAGGAUGGAAAACAAGUAUAUCAUGCAGACAGUAUGAAGAAUCUCCCAGACAACCCAGAGAGAAUCUCUCCUUGUCUCGGUGUCUUAGGAAAGCAAAACUUCUCAUCAGGAAGAUUUUAUUUUGAGGUUGUGGUGAAAGAGAAGACUAUGUGGGAUUUAGGAGUGGUAACAGAGUCUGUCAACAGGAAGGGAAAACUCAUUUUGUGCCCUAAGAAUGGACUCUGGACAAUAUGGUUGAGGAAUGGAAAUGAGUAUAAGGCUCUUGCUGGCCCAGGUGUCCUUCUCUCUCAGAGAGAGAAGCUCCCAAAGGUGGGGGUGUUUGUGGAUUAUGAGGAGGGUCUGGUCUCCUUCUAUGAUGUAGAUGCUGGUAGUCAUAUCUACUCCUUCACUGGUUGCACCUUCACUGAAAGACUCUACCCAUAUUUAAGUCCCUGUAAUAAUGAUGGUGGUAAAAACGUUGCUCCUCUCAUCAUCUCUCCUGUCAAGAAAGUCUGAUGAACACACAGGCUCAACAUGUUGUCUGUAUGUUUGUGUGUAUCUUGGGUAAGGAAGGAUUUUCUUUUUUAUGUUACAGAGACCAGGGUUCAUAUUUACUCUAUAGUGGCUGCCUCUUCAGUGAGACACUCACCAUACUUUGGUCCUCCAACUCAAUAUUAUGGUAAAACUGUUACACUGGUAAAACUCCACCAGUCUUAUAAUGUCUCCUUUCUGUCAUAUAAAAAGACAUGCAUUUUCGGGUUAAUAUUCCUGUCUGUGCCCCUGACGAAGGGAGUAGGAGGAAAUAACUGGAGUUGGUCCCCGGGUGCUGCACGGCGGCUGCCCACUGCUCCUAGCUACACAGCUAGAAUGGGUUAAAUGCUGAACAAAUUUCACUGUAUGUAUGUACAAAUGACAAAGUGUAUUCUAUUCUAAUAAACAACAUUUAA